CGAAUAUGGGUAGCAUUUGCGCAUGAAUUUGUGUUCCGUAUGCAGCUGUUGUUUAUGUUAUGAAUAAUCGUUCUCUGAAUUCGGAACUGAAAUCAUUGCAAAAUUAUUGCCUUUCACAUGUGAGCAAUUUUUCGUGGAUCUGGUUCCAUUUUGCCCGAAUUUUCAUAUUUUUUAAGUGACUAUACGAAAGUUACGCUGUCUUCGAAGCACUUGCGUCGUGUUUUCUGAAAGUAUUGCCGGUUAAUUUUGAGCUCCGUAAAUCGUUUUCCAUUCUGAAUAUUUUGCCCUCGAAGGCAUUUCAUAGUCCAGUUCUAUGGCGCUUUUAGAAUGUUAUUAUUAAAACUACUAAUCGCAGAAUAAUGUCGCUCGUAGGGUAUGAUGUUAGUAGCGGCUCAGAAAGCGAAAACGACGAUAAUGAGACACCUGUGCCAGCAAUAUCGACUCCAUCAUCAGCAGAUAGCCAUACCAGUUCAACAUUGAAGCUAUCUAGCAUUUUACCAAAGCCCAUAGGCAAAGAAGGUCCAACUUCAUUAUUUAGCAGUACUCCUGUAUCAUCAAAAAAGCGAUCCAUCAGGAUCAGUGCUCCAGAAAUACCGGUUUUAGACUCUGAUGAUUCUGACAAUGAAUCAGAGAUUGGUCCACCAAAAAAGAAACUCCAACCGAGCAAAACUAGAUCAGGACUUUUUGCAAAACUGCCUCCUCCUGUAAAUGCUAUUUCUACAGGAAAACAUUCAAAUACAUCUUUUGUGCCAUAUGUAUUCUCUAAGCCGAAAAAGGAUAUUCCACCCCCCAAAAAACUGACAACCACAUCUACACAAAAUGACGACAACAAGACAGGUAGUAGUACUACGUCAAGUACAGUCCCCUCAAUUGCAGAGAUUCGGCGACGGAGCUCUCAAGCAGCUGCUAAACUCCUUUCUACAAAGGUUGCUGCUAAAACAUCAUCGGAUGAAAAUGACAGUGAUGAUAUUGCACCAGUUGGAUUUUUUAGUUAUGUUGAAAAAUUGCCAGAAAGCGAGAUACCCGAAAUUGACUUACCUGAGAUAGAUACUGAACCUGAAUUAUCUGAGGCACCAGACUACAAUUAUAAUCACCCCGCACAAGACAAUAUUCCUUACCACACACAGUUUGAUGAACAAGAACCUAUGCCAGAACAAAGCGAUAUGGCAGCUGGUGAUAGUACUGAUGAAUUUUUGCGGAUUCAAGGCAAAAGAAAUCGCAAAGAGGAAAUAAAUUUUAUAGACAUUCGUGCAGAUGAUGCUCUCGAGGGAAACAAAGAACUAUUGCUCAAACAAAUAUCUGAAGAGAAAAAUAUGAAUCGGACUUCUCACAGUAAAAAGAAAACUAAUGCGCCGGGGGGUAUUCUUAAACGAAAACAUCAGCUCUCAUAUUUAGUACAUCAAGCUAAGGCAAGAGAAAUUGAGUUGAAGAAUUCCUGGGCACAAAAUAGAUUAACAAAGCAGCAAACACAGUCCAAGUAUGGGUUCUAACAACCUAUACAUUAUACGAUGUAAUUCUGCUUUUCUCUGCUAAAAUUUAACCAUAAUGUGACCUUUAUGAUAGUGUUGUACUUCGUAUUAUAUUUGGUAAAUCUGCAAUCUUCGACUUCUGUUGACCAAAGCGCUACUUAUGUUACGAGUUGCUCUCCAUCGAAGAUCAUGUCUGUUCUAUCUUCCAUUAAAUCACAUAACGAAGUUCUAAUGCAAUGUUGCUCUCUCAAUCCGAAUUUAUCGAGCCAUUUCUGUUUUUUACAACAUGUGGAUAGGAAGUCUUAAUUAAAAGUUGCCUUACCAAUAUGGUGAACAACUAGUAUUACCAGUUCAGUCAGAUAAUCAUUCCUGCCAGAUCCCAACCAGCAAUCUUGGAGUCCUCCCCUCCCUCCUGCUCAUAACCGUUGGGUUUUAAUCCUGUUUAGCAUAUUACAUUAGCGACAUCAAAUGUCAAGUCACUAACCAUCAUGUUCUGGUUUUGUACUUAAUUUUCUAUUCCUGCUUAUAUA